AACAUUUCAACAUCUUUUAUUAUACUCAACUCUGGAGCACUAGCCGUGCUGGAGUUGCUCAAUCUUGCAGCCUAAACCCAAAACUGGUUUGAUAGACGACAUGACCGGUGGUGAAACCCUUGUGGAAGCAGCACUGCGUGUGCUUAACACACCUGACCCAGUUGAAAAAGCCAAACUUGGGGACCAAAUAGCCAACAAUUGGCUUCAGGGUCUUAUUUUAGAUUCUUACACCCCUUCACAACCCGAUUUCAUCGUCCCAGACCGACCCGCCAGACUCACCAAUGUGAAACUAGUGUCGCCUAGUCUUAUGCCGAAGCUUGGGAAAGCCGGAAGCUUACAAAGCAGACAGGCCAUUGUGCACAGCCUUGUGCAUACUGAAAGCUGGGCCAUUGAUUUGUCUUGGGAUAUCAUUGCGCGGUUUGGUAAGCAAGAGUCGAUGCCAAGAGAGUUCUUUGAUGAUUUUGUAAGAGUUGCACAAGAUGAAGGCCGUCAUUUCACUCUUCUUGCAGCCCGGCUUGAGGAAUUGGGUUCUCAUUAUGGAGCGCUACCGGCUCAUGACGGUUUGUGGGACUCGGCUGUUGCUACUUCAAAAGACCUAUUUGCACGCCUUGCAGUAGAGCAUUGUGUUCAUGAGGCAAGAGGACUGGAUGUGCUACCUACAACCAUUUCUCGUUUUCGUAAUGGAGGCGAUAACCAAACAGCCGAAUUACUAGAGAAAGUGAUAUACCCUGAAGAAAUCACUCAUUGUGCCGCCGGAGUUAAGUGGUUUAAAUAUCUUUGUUCACGAUCGUGUGGAGGUGAAGAAAGUGACGAUGAAGUGGUUAACAAGUUUCAUGAGGUUGUGAGGUCAUAUUUCAGGGGUCCAUUGAAGCCUCCUUUCAAUGAGUCAGCAAGAAGAGCUGCUGGAUUCGGUCCUCAAUGGUAUGAGCCACUUGCUGUCAAAGAUUUUACACAAUAAUGCUGACAAUUUGAGCUCAUUUUAUGAUAUUUUGACAUGUUCAUUGUCUCUAAACUAAGAUGUUUUGUUGGUGUGCAACUUAUCUUGUUCUAAGAUGUUUUUCUUUAAUUUGCCAUUUAAAUUUAAAAUA